AUGGCAACGCAGGCAGCGCAUGUGCGGAGAAAGCAUGAAACAGAUAAAGGCGAAAGUAAUCCUGAUUCAAUAGAAAUUUCUGAGGCACCAUUCCCUUUGCCCACAAGGCAACAACGCCCCUUACGAACAAAAUCGCCUCAAAACAACUCUCCCUUAAAGGGAAAGGUGAAAAAAAAUGAAAGUCCUUUUCUUGCUGAUAGCGAAAAUUUCAGCGAGAUAAAUGCGUUAUCUAGUUCGACUAUCGAAUUUCCACCUCUGGCAGUAAAUAAAAGUGCCGAAGAGAUUAAUAUUCAAGCCGUAAUUAACGAAGGUAUCGUUGAAAAUACGAUCCCUAACAGGUUCAAUAACGAUAGCUUUCUCCAAAUGACCGAUUUCAGCAAAGCACCUCUUCCACCUGGAAAUAACGACUUUGUCGAACUUCAGAAUUCUCAGAGUUAUGACACUUACUUUACCAACAGCGUGCAUCAAACAACAGACGCCACUGGUUCAAUCGAUAACGGCGUAGUCCUAACUACAAACAUCGGUUCUACUGAUAACUCGAGGGGAGUUUAUGCAUUCGAUAAUAUUACUCCUUUGAAUACACAAGAGACAGUAACUCAAUAUAAUAACGCGAGAAUCUCACAAGAAAUAACUCGAGUGACUUUGUCUAGCGUUCACAAAGUAGAAGGAAAUAAAGAAUCAGCGCCUGUCAAAGCUGCAUCAACAUCUUUUAUUCAACAUAACUUUAUCACCUCUGAAAAUAUAAUAGAGAAGAAUAUCGGUCAUACUGAUCCUAGCGUGUUUGAUGUUCCAACAAUUAAUGAUGUGAACAGGAUUGGCAAUGACGCAAUCAUUCAAUUACAAAAUGAUAUUGAUCCACAAUCAAAUCCUUUCUCACGCAACGAAGAUCCAUCCAAAUUACCGUCUAAUCCACAAGCCACUGUGGAUCAACCCCCUGUGAAGGCUGGUCGAGGAAGACCAAAAAAGGUCACGGCAACUACCAGAGGAAGACCAAAGAAGGUCAAACCUAGUGAAACUAAUGCUGAAGGAAUCACGACUGAAGUCAAAUCAGUUGAGGGACUUUCGGUCGCUACUGUAGACCAAAGCACAAUCAAGGUUAAACACGGUAAAAGGGGAAGACCAAAGAUGGUUCAGACCGGUGAACCUGUUACUAAUUCGGAUGGGACCAUAAGCGAGUCUGUCCGUGUUCCUAAAAAAAGAGGAAGGCCAAAAAAAGAUGAAUCUAAUGCUAAUCUUGUGAGAACUACAACAGGUGGUAAAGCUGGUAAACGUGGAAGGCCAAGAAAAAUUCCUAAAAUUGAUUCCCAAUCAAGCAAAGGUAUGAUUGCAUCUACUAAACAUAAAGGUAGAGGAAGGCCUAGAAAAGUGCUUAAAGUUGAAGGUCAACCCGAAAAGACUAUGAAUGAAUCUACCACCGCUAUCAAAAAACGUGGAAGGCCAAGAAAAGAAGCACCUGAAAGCAACGAGCCCAAGGAGGCACCUGAAAGUGGUGGACUCAAAGACAUGCCCGAAAGCAGUGGACUCCAGGAAGCGUCCGGAAGUAAUGAGCCCAAGGCGAUGCCUGAAAGUGGCGAGCCCAAUGUGAUACUCGAACCCAACAAAGACGAAUCGAUUGCAACCGAAAAUGAUGCUAAGACUGGUAAACGAGGAAGGCCAAAGAAAAUACCCAUAAGUGGAUAUUCUUCGGCAGAACCAGGAAAAGAGCCCGUAACCUCUAAGAAACGUGGAAGACCUAAAAAAGAGGUAUCCGAAAACAAUGAACUCAAAGAAACAAUUGUCAAAACAGGUAAGCGAGGAAGACCAAGAAAGAAAUCAAAAACCGAGGAAGAAGUAUCUUUGGCUAUUUCCAAUGAACCAGGUGUGGCCUCAGGGUCCGUUGAACAUCAACCAGCCAUUUUUACUGUUAACAUCGAUAAUGCAAACGUAACUACCGAGAAAAUUUUGAUUGGAACGGCUGAAGAAGUUCCCGAAGAAUCGAUUGACGAAUUGAUCGAUGAGUUAACAACAACUAACUGA